AAGGGGCAGAUAACUCCCGAGCAAAGCAUUUUACUUCCGUGUUGUGGAAUAUGGGGAUCAUUUAGCUGAUGUAUUUACCAACAACAUGGGUGACAAGCCUCAUUGUCAAGUGGCCGGAUAUUUGUCCGUCCAUUUGAAGGGAGUUUUAUGGUCCAAGUCGUGGCAGAGGCGAUAUUGUGUUCUAGUGGAGCCGAGCGGCAAGGCGCCUCAGAUUCAUGUGUUUGAGAAGGUGGAACAUUUUCAGAAGAAGAAGGAGGGGAAAGUCAUCUGUCUGGACCAGGCCAGGGAACUGAAGUACAGUAGAAAAAGGAAACUCGGUUUUGAUGUGGUUACCAAAAAAGACAAAUACUCUUUCACGGCUGAAACAGAUGACGACUUUAAACACUGGGUGUUUAGUUUAAAGCGGGACUUGAAAGUAGCCAUAAUAGCUGAUGCUGACAGUGCAGACGUGUCAGAUGACGACGAAAGUGACAGUCAGUUCUACAUGGAUGACAAUAUCAUAUACGAGUCGGCGGACACAACUCCGAUGUUCAAUGUGACCAUCGAAGAGACAGAAGCUUCUGAGAGGUGUCGUUUGAAAGGGCAGUACGUGCUCGCUGUGAACUUUCAGAAUCUGGCAUUGGUGGACUGUAACACCAAAAAAGCUCUCUUCCAAUGGCCAUUCAAAUACAUCCGAAGGUUUGGCAAAACCAGGAACAACUUCCAGUUCGAGGCAGGCCGGAAGUGCAUCUCAGGAGAGGGGGAAUUUUCUUUAAAGACUGACCAAGGCAUCUUGAUCUUUGAAACAGUCACUAAGGCAACACAGAUGAUUCGAACUCAUGGUGACGACAAUGUUCUUAGUUCGUCAGGCAAAAGUCAACAUGAUCACAGUCAAGGUUCCCGUCUUAGCCAUGGUAAAGCUCAUGGGCAAGGUGCUGGACCUGUGGAGGCGAAGGUGUCCCCCAAGAUGGAGCCAAGAAGUGUGUCAGUAGAUCCUGAGAAAAGGUCAAGUGUAAGGUCAGGGGGAAAUGUAACAGGAAUGGCGGAUGGCUUCGCGUCACAGCUGAACCAGGUUAUUCAGCAUAAAAAGGAAGGUGAGCAUCUGGUACCAAACCCAAGACGAGGAUCAAAUUCAUCUUCUGAGAGACUCUCAGAAGAUGUACAACCUGCAAAGAAAUUAGAUAAAAAAGAACUGAAAGCGAAGAAGGAACAAGAACUGAAAGCAAAGAAGGAACAGGCAAAGAGGGAGGAACAAGAACAGAAAGCAAGGAAGGAACAAGAACAGAAAGCAAAGAAGGAACAGAAGGAACAGGAACUUAAAAAUAAGAAAAAGAAAGACAAGAAAGGGGAUUCGAAAAAGGGUGAUGGUGAGAAGAAGCCAGUUCAGGCAACAUUGUCAGCAAGCACCCCAAGGUAUGAAGAAGCGAACCUCCAUGCAUAUGAGGAUAUAACUGAUAUCACAUCAAGCAACAUCAGCCAGCCAGGGCCCGAACCAUUAUAUGCUGAAGCGGCUGAAACCACCUCCUUGAGACCGAUACCUAAACCAAAACCAAGAACAGCGGAUCCAAAGAAACAUGCCCAAGAAACGCCAGACACGGUUGUUUACUCCGAGCCCCAGAAGAAAAAAGAUGCAUGGAAGCAGCAUGCUCGACCUGAAGACAAUGUGCAUCAGGAGGAUUACGACAACAUUAAGGUAGCUGCAACUUCCAGUCCUGGCAACCUGGCCAAUGGGAGUCCAUCGUUUGUCACCCAGGAUGAUGACGACACAUAUGAUCGCAUCGUGCAUGUGAGUGCCAAAUCCCACAUUGCUGCUGCUUCUGAGAAUAUAUAUGGUAUGGCUUCUGGAAGAACGAUUGCUGAGCUUCAGAAGGAAAGAGCCGAGAAUGAGUACGAGGAAACUAUGGUUAAUACCAGUGCUAAGAAGAACGUUUCCUUACCAGGGGCUUAUGAGGAACCAUCAUCGAUAUCACCAUCCUUGGCUCUUCCAUCCCGGCAAUGUCCAGAAGGAGACGAGGAGGAAGAAGAAGAGGAAGAUGCCUAUGCUGCUAUUGAUUAAUGUGAUGGGUAGUUUAUUGUGGUGGGCAAGGGACCAUUGAUUAAUAUGAUGGGUAGUUUAUUGUGCUAGGCAAGGGACCAUUGAUUAAUAUGAUUGGUGGUUUAUUGUGCUAGGCAGGGGACCAUUGAUUAAUAUGAUGGGUAGUUUAUUGUGGGUAGGCAGGGGACCAUUGAUUAAUAUGAUGGGUAGUGUAUUGUGCUAGGCAAGGGACCAUUGAUUAAUAUGAUGGGUAGUUUAUUGUGCUAGGCAAGGGACCAUUGAUUAAUGUGAUCAUGGGGAUAUGGAAGUUAAUACUGAUAGGCUAGGGAUCUUUGACUGGUGUGAUGUGGCAGUUUACUAUGGGUAAGCUAACAUGUCAUGGGUCUUUGACUUGUAUGAUGUGGUAGUUUAUUAAUAUUAGGUGUAGUAGUCUUCACUGGAUGAUAUGUUUGUUUUUUAUCGGUAAGUUACUAAGUGACUGGCAUGUCAUGGUGGUAUGAUACGGUAGUUAAUUGUAGGUAAGCUAGAGGUCAUUGAUUGGCUGACAUGGUAGUAGAGUAUGGGUAGGCAUGGGCAGGUGCUUUACAUGACAGAGAAGGAAACAUUGUGAACAUUGUAGUGUGGACAUGGAUUGUUUAUUGUGGAUGUUACACCAAUACAAACACUGAUGUGAUAACUUGGAACCAGACUGUCACAGUCACCAUCAGAGACGCCUGCUUGCACAAAGCGAUGUAAGCCUAUGUUAAACUAUGGGAGUUACAAUCGUCUUAGCGCUAAGAUCACUUUGUGCAAGUGGGCCCUGUGAAACGUCUCCAUAAAAAGUGCUGGUCUUCUGUAGACAACUGAUACUUGGAACACCGAAGUGUGUGAGCUAGAACUGGAAGAAGAACGUCGGAAGGAUGUCAACGUAUUCCUAUAUAACACAAAAACUGAGACAUCAUUAUAGAAUGUGAAACUUAUUGGUACAUACUUGUACAAGAAUGCACUGCUUGUGGUUGCAUGGCAAUUUUCAAAUAUAUUCUUUUUCAGCUGAUCUGGGCCACAUAGAGCUAUGACUGCCUUAAGUAUAAGUUAAAGCAUGGGAGUUUGUAUCACCUUAGUGCUACAACUGUUGUAAGUCUAUGUUAAAGUAUGGGAGUUAAGAUCACCUUAGCACUCAACAGUCGUAAGUCUUCGAUCAAGUAUGGGAGUUAAG